UUUUUUUUAGCUUUCUCUGAAACUCACAGAAAGUCCUUAAGUCGAGUCUCUCCUGGGAACCUGGCGUCACAUUUUCCCAUCUUUUCAUCUAAAGUUCCUCAUGGCUCAGUUCAGCUCCUGCCAACAGCCAGACCUGUCAAACCGAGCCGUCGUCUACAGCCCGGUAGCCAUAUGUUCUGAUCCGGAUGGCCAGAGUCCCAGAGGGGCUGAGGGGGAGGUGGGGGAAUAUGAAGAUGUGGAACUAGCAGAGGAGGUGGAUGAAGAUGUCCUGAUGUUAGCUGCGGUAGGGCAGGAGGAGGCGGAGCACGUGGCGGACCAGCCCAGAGAACAAAGUCAGAAUGAGGAAGAGGAAGAACACGGAAAUAAGGGGCCUGAAGAUCAGGAAGAGUUCGAUGGACAAUGUCAGACCCUCUCUGAUAAUCCAGGUUCUUCUGUAGCAGCAGAGGUUAAUCGGGUUAGCCAUCAAGUCAUGAACACCAGUGAGGUCCACAAGGAGGAGGAAGGAGCGAAAAUCCACAACCUAAACGAAACAGAACAAAGAAUAGAAACAGAUCCAAUAUCAAAGGCAAACAGCUGGGAUUCCAGUCCCAAAGACGCCUGUGAUGCCUGUCUGGCCCUAUCUGGUGAUGGGACAAACGGUUCUGUUUGGAGACUUUCUGAAAACACAACCCAACACCCCAACGAUGAAGAAACAGAUAUGAAGGAGAACCUCGUAGCGGAUAGUGAUGACUGCUUAGAUCAGACCAUAGUUAAUGGUGCAGUGAAGGGCAUCAUCGGCACUGAAGGGGAUCCGCCUGGGAAUGACCACUUCUUGGAUCAAGAUGAUGACAAGGCCCCAGUUAUUGGUGCGAUGAAGGAGACCAUUGGCGCUGAUGGGGAACCAUCUGGGAGUGACGACUUCUUAGAUAUAGAAGCAGACCAGACCAAAGUUAUUGGUGCGAUGAAGGAGAGCAUUGGCGCUGAUGGGGAACCAUCUGGGAGUGACGACUUCUUAGAUAUAGAAGCAGACCAGACCAAAGUUAUUUGUGCGAUGAAGGAGAGCAUUGGCGCUGAUGGCGAUCCAGGCCUGAGAAAUGACUGCUUACAUGUAGGGGAGGCCUUUCAAUGUGACCAGCUAACAUCUAACCAUCAAGACCCAGAUGGACAGAAAGGCUUUGACCUAAUAAUAAACAUGUUUCCAGUAGAACAGCAAACAUGUACUGAGAAGAAGCAGAACAUGGAGAUAAAGGUCCAGGAGGGCAGUAAAGACCCCAUAUCUGUUUCUCCUGAUGACCACUCUGACGAGGAUUCGAAGGCAGAACAUGAAAUGUGCGAAGAGAAGGACGCAGAAACAUCGGCCCCUUCAACCGUCGAAAAACGGGCAGAGAGUGAGGAGGAUGAGGGAGGAAGAGGAGCCAGGAUUAGUCAGGAGGAACGACAGCAUGAAGCUGAUGGUACAAAGGAUGAUGUAGAUGCCAGUCUGAUGUUCCAUGAAGUUAUCAGAGAGUUAGCAUUUCAAGAAAACCAUGAAGGAAGAGGUCUUUCAGAGGAACAGAAAGAGACGUUUCUUCAGCUUGGAGACCCGUCUACAGAAGGUCCUUCACAAACCAAUGAGCAGCAGGUGAAGGAUGAUCCUGUAGGUGGUGAUGUUAUGGAGAAGGAAGCACCUCAGAUGGAGAGAAACACAGAAGUCCCAUUAAAAGGAAACACUUCAACAACAGAUAUACCAGGGAGAGCAGAGGAAUACCCAGCACAAGGUCUCAGAAAGUCAGAAAUAGAUCAGAAAGACAGGCUACAGGGUGGUGAAGAUGAAACGGAGAUAGAGCAAGAACGAGCUACAGGAGGAGAAGUGCAGCUGGCAGAGGAACCGGUCACUGUGUUAGACGAUGAUGUGGUAGAGACCACCAUGAUCGCCAGCAGUCAGGAUGUGAAUAGGCCAUUAAGCACAUCGAUGGAAGGCGAGGAGAGUCAAAACGUCCAAGAAGAGACGGUGGAUGCUGGGAAUGGAAACGAGGAAAAUCAAGAAGAAACGGGUAUACAGCUCGUUAUUAAGCAUGGAGAGGAAGAGAAAUCAAAUGAGAACGAAAUGAAUGAUGAUGGAGAGAAAUGUUUAGAGAAGGAUGGAGAAGGUCAAGGGUUGGGGCAAGAGAAUCGGACUGUAGGGGUUCAACCGCAACCUCUUUGGAAAGAGGGAUGGAGGAAACCCAAAGUGCUAUCUGCCACGAGAAAAGACGAUGGCUGGAUUAAAAGAGACCAACCAGGUGAAGGGAAUGGAGAGGAAGUGAAGGACUGGAGGAAAGAGUUGAGGCCUUUUAGGAAAACCGGCCGCGGGAAUGAGAGGAGAGGCCAAGAAUGGAGGAUUAAGGAACCUUUGCAGGAACAGAGAUGUUCAGCGGAGAAGGAGGACUGGAUAAAAGAGUUAAAGUCCGUCAUCAAAGAUGAGUCCCAGUCCAGAAGAAAAGACGACCAGGUGAAGAAGAAGCGGGUGGUGCUAAUGGAGGACGGACAUUCCUACACGCCGCAGCGCGAGGAGAUGAUUCUGGAGGAGCGAGAGGAGGUCCUGAUCUUUCCCAGGACUGUGGAGGGCCCGCAGUGUCCUGGACACAGGGACAGCAGAACCCAUCAGGACCAAGACCAUGAGAUCUGUCUUUAUGUGAAGGCAGGAAGCGAUGGAGAGAGCAUCGGGAACUGCCCCUUCUCCCAGAGAAUCUUCAUGAUCUUAUUGCUGAAAGGCGUCGUCUUCACCGUCACCACGGUGGACGUUAAGAGAAAACCAGCCAAUCUGCAGGACCUCGCUCCAGGGAUCAACCCUCCUUUCAUAACCUUUAAUGGUGAGGUCAAGGUUGACGUUAACAAGAUGGAGGAGUUCCUGGAGGAGAAACUGGCUCCACCUCGGUACCCCAGACUAGCUCCCAAACAUCAUGAAGCCAACACAGCAGGAAUCGACAUCUUUGCCAAGUUUUCUGCUUACAUCAAAAACCCAAGAAGAGACACCAACGAUGCCUUAGAGAAAGCCUUGCUAAAGUCGCUUCGUCAUCUUGAUGACUUCCUGAGGACGCCCCUGUCAGAGGAGAUUGAUGCUGAUGCAGCUGGUGACCUGCCUGAGUCAUCCAGGAGCUUCCUGGACGGGCCUGAUCUCAGCCUCGCAGACUGUAACCUGCUACCUAAGCUGCACAUUUUAAAGGUUGUGGUGAAGAAGUAUCGUGGUUUGGAGAUCCCUGCAGAGAUGACUGGCGUGUGGAGAUAUUUGAACUGUGCCUACCAAAGGAAAGAGUUUACCAGUACCUGUCCUGCAGAAAGGGAGAUCGAGUUCGCUUACCUGGAUGUCGCAAAACGAAUCAAAUAAAAGGACAGAGUUGCUGUGAAGAAAACAAACCCAAACUUUUCUCUUAAAGAAGCAAAAGAUCAACUCAAGAAAUUCACAAUGUGACCCACCUUCUGGAAUUAGCUAGUUUGCUUUAGAUUCAACCUGAAGGGAGAGGAGUCCACGUAUAUAGCCAUGAUCUGAUAGGAAAUGAUACGUUUUACGUAGAGACGGAGAUUUACUGAACGCUAUCUACGACAGAUUAUUAUG